AUCCGGUGAUAUAUAGAAAAUGGCGUCAGCCGAGUUUCUAGAGCAAGCUUUGUCUACAGACGUUGACGAAAAUGCAGUGAAUGCUAUCGUGGGAUCUCUUGAGAACCAAUUAGUGACAUCCGUACCUUCAGUAGCAUUACGGAAUAACUUAGUGAAUGUGAUUCCGGGUCAGCUUUCUAGUUUUACGUCAAGUGCAAAUUCUAUUGGUGUGCAAAAAUACAACGCGGAGCAAAUCAGUAACAGUGGACUAAUUCCAUCGUCAGCGAUAUCAAAUAGCAGUGUGUCAUACAAUAAUGUAUUAGCGUCUGCUCCGUCAACAUUUGUAUCCCAAAGUUUCUCCGGAGCCAUAUCUAAUUCUGGUGAAAAUAUUAAAGUAUUCAGUCAGGCACCUAACUUAGCUAACAACAAUCGCUUGGCAUAUCAAACUCAAUCUCUCGUGAACGGCUGCAUUAAUUUGGCUACUUCGCAAAACCAGAUUCAUUCAGUUUCUGGGAACUCUGCGGUUGGACAGUCUAUGAACAAAACUGUUACUAUGCAGCCUCCUCUUGUGAUCAAACAAGGCACGACGACAGGUCAAGUAGGCAUGCAAUCGGGAUUGGUGACAAUGCCUCUAACUGUGAGCUCAAGUAUGCCUGGCUCUAUGUCCAAUGUGAUGCUAAAUAAGCCCGGAGGGCAGAAUGUAGUUGUGACCUCACAAAAUCUGGGUUCAGCUCAGCAAGCGCUAAUUCCUAAUGUUCAGAUAUUGAAUAUGAGACCUGGGGCUCCAGCAGUAGCAGCACAGAAGUCCGUUGCUACGGUCUCUCCAAGAGUUGUGAUUGGCACACCUCAAGUUGUUGGUGCUAGGGCAGCUGCACCCGGAAUAACGCUGCAAACUCUCCAAAGUCUACAACCUGGGCAGCCGGGUCAUUUGUUGUUAAAGACUGAGAAUGGUCAAUACCAGCUGCUGAGGGUAGGUCCGGCGCCCACAGCCAGCACCCUCACGGCGCCGCAGACUCAGACCAUCCGGCUCUCGACAGUGCCGGCACACCCCGGUGUGUCGACGGUGUCGACGAGUGUGGCGACGCCGGGGCCUAUGCCGGGUCCUCUGCCCGCGGGGCCAGUGGCUGCCCCGGUGGUGGCCCCAACCCCGGCUGCCGUAGCCCCUGCCACGCCACCGCCUCAGCCACCAACGGUUACAACACAAAAACCGUCAGACAACACCAAAGAGAAAUGCCGUAACUUCCUGGCGAAUCUACUGGACCUAUCAAGCAAGGAACCAAAGUCUGUGGAGAUGAAUGUCAGAAAUCUGAUUCAGGAGUUGAUAGAUGCCCAAGUGGAGCCCGAGGAGUUCUGUGAUCGACUGGAACGACUGCUGAAUGCCAGUCCUCAACCAUGCCUUAUCGGGUUCCUCAAGAGAAGCUUGCCAUUGCUACGGCAGUCAUUGGUAACAAAAGAGCUCGUGAUAGAGGGUAUAAACCCUCCAGCACCGCAUGUAGCCUUCUCCACAGUCCCUGCACCCACUCAACAGGCACCCGUCGUCGCUGCACCCAACGUUCAAAUGCUUUUUGAUGAAGAGGUAACACUGACUCGAAUCCAGCCGCCAGCGUUACCUGACUCGCCCCCUAUGGCCUACAUGCCUUAUAGCGGAAUUAAGGCAGUGUCGGUUCAGGCCCAUUAUCAGCAGCUGGCCGACGAGGGGUCGUCGAGUCCCACCCUCACACCCCUUCUGCCGCCGGCGCUUCCCGUAACGCUCGCGCCCUCAAUAGUGUCCUCGCCAAAACCCAUAAACGUGGUCUCAGUGCAGACGACUGUCGGCCUUCAGCAGAAGCCCACUGUAAAAUCCGGCAGCUCCAUAGCAGUGCUGCAGAACAUACCGCUGCACACGAAGAUAAAUGUGAACAAAGUGACCAGUAAAACGAUGACGGUGAACAACAAGGCGAAUUUCUCGCGAGCGGCGGUGACGUCAAAUGCUUUGUCUACCGUCUUGACACCAGGGAAGUCGUUGUUAAAGGACAAAGAGAAGAAAUCCAUGCAGUUCACGCCUCAGGCGUUCGCUGACGACAAGAUGGCCGGCGACGACGACAUCAAUGACGUUGCAGCUAUGGGCGGCGUCAAUUUGGCCGAGGAGUCGCAGAGGAUUCUGGGGUCCACUGAGCUCAUCGGGACUCAGAUUAGGUCAUGCAAAGACGAGUAUCUAGUGCCGAUGACGCUGAUGCAGUCACGUCUCAAAGCGGCUACGGCUAGACACGGUCUCGAGGAGCCUACUCCAGAGGUAGCCGGCCUCAUCAGCCACGCUGUCCAUGAAAGGCUAAAGAAUCUGGUGGAGAAACUGGCUUGCAUCGCUCAGCAUAGGAUUGACCUUAUUAAGACUGACUCGCGUUACGAGGUGACGCAAGACGUGAAGAGCCAGAUGAAAUUCUUGGAGGAGUUGGACCGAGUUGACAAGAAGAGGAGAGAGGACUCUGAGAGAGAAAUGCUAUUGAGGGCAGCCAAGUCUCGCUCGAAGAAUGAGGACCCUGAACAAGCAAAGUUGAAGGCAAAGGCGAAAGAGAUGCAACGAGCAGAGUUAGAAGAGCUGCGACAACGCGAGGCCAAUUUGACAGCCCUGCAGGCCAUCGGGCCGAGGAAGAAGCCACGAUUGGACGGCCCUGGGGGCUCCGGGGAUUCCGUGGCCAAUGGUGCGGGGCACAACACUAGCGGAUUUAGCGGUCGCAGCCAUUUGGCUCUUCGUACCAGACUGAAGAGGAUCAACCAGCGGGAUAUGGUAUUCCUCCUCGAACAAGAAAGGGAGACUGCACACUCGUCGAUGUUAUUCCGCAGUUAUCUUAAGUGACCCUAUCUGGUCGACGAAGUACCCAUCAGGGUACAGGAGGAUGAAUCAGAUACCGAUUCAUCCGAUGAGGAGUAAUCGUAAUUUGCGAGUGGACGAUCUAUCCAGAUUGGUUUAUGUGAUAACAGUAUGUUUAAAUUGAAGUGAAGUGUACCUAAUCAGGCUAGAUAAUGUGAAACUGUUAAUGGACUCAGUACUGAGAAUAAUAUUUUAGAAUCUUUUUAAAUAUAAGUGUGCCUAAAUGGACAACUCCCUUUAUAACUCCAUAGUUGAUUGCAGCAAAGUAGUUAGAUGAACAUGAACAGUUUUAGCAUGUCUAUCUUUCUAGAUUUACUUGCUUGCAGUGUUCUAUCAAUAGAUUGUGUUAAAUUUAUUUAUUUGGUCUCCCUUGUUACGUUUCAUUCUUAGAAAAUCUGUUAAUAUAUUCCUUGAUAGGGUUGUGUGCAUAUAUUUGGGUAAAUGCAAUGACAUGUUUUAAGAUUGCUUAAUGGGAAUUCCAUUGUAAUUAUGAAUUCUCAGGCAAUGCCUAUAUCUAGUUUGUUAAGAUAUUUAAACUAAGGUAUCCAAUAUCGACAUAAAAUAGGUAUAAAAAUCUUUGUAAAUUACAAAUUGUGUUUUUGCAGUAAUUUGUAUUGUGCAAAGAUAUUAAUUUAGAUUUCAGUAAAAAGUAUUUCUAAGAAAUGUCAAUAUGUUUACUUUAUGUUAAAUACUUAAACAAAUGGUGAGUGUAACUGCCAUCCCUCUUUAGGAAAUACUUAGUUUUUAUGUAGAUAAUACGAAGCAAGUCUUAGAAUCUACAUAGAGGAGUAUAAAUGGGUAAUUUGAUAUCAAUAUUUUAAAGAGUUGUAUUAUAAAAAUCAAGAUAACAUUGUCCUCUUGGUCUGAAAUGUAACAUAAUUAUUACAUAAGUAAAACAUUGUAAAUAUGUAUUUGACUUGAAAUGUUAUCUUUUAUUGUUAGCCAGGUCUAACUCCGCUUUUUAUCGAUGUUAAUAUACUAUUUAAUAAAUACCAUUGUUAAAACUUCAUGUUAUAAAUCAGUACAUGAUUUUGAACCAAAGCGCUUGUGUCGUGCGUCAGAUGACGUGCGCCGAUACAUUCCGAAACGACUAGGAAAAUUAUGUUUAUUUGCAUUAAAAUAUGUAAUAUAUUAAGAAUGCAAAGUUACAAUUUUAAAUAAGGCUAUAUGAACAACAAAAUUGGUAUUAAGUAGGUUAUUCAAAUGAAUGUUUGGAAUUCCCCAUUUGUAAAACAACAGUUGUGGAAUUUUUAACAUUAAUAUAUAUAUUUUUAUAAAAUUAUGAACUGAUUCGACUCCAUGGAAAUUAUGUACGAAAUAAAAGAACGAUAAAAAAAAAUGAAAUCCUUUUUUCAGUUUUUGGUAAGAAAUAUUUUUAUUCAUAUUCAUUUAUGAUCUAAAUAACAACAGCUGGCAUUGUUGCUAAAUUUCUGCUUUUAUGUAUGUGUAUUUAAUGAUUAAAAUGUAUUCUCGUAAAAUUGUUAUGUCAUUAAACUUGUUUUCAUAGAACGUAAUAAGAUUCAUAUACGGUGCUAUAACUUAACCUCUGUCAUUUGCUCUACCUGUGGUAGGUAUAGUUCUUACUAAUGCUAGUACUCCAUUAUUCUACUCUAUCCUUCGUGCGUGGGGUUGUAAUGCUAUGAACGACCUAGGUAGUCUGUGACUGAUUUAUCUAUAACCCUGUUCGCUACUUGCAGACAACUCGCGAAGUAUAUUUUCUCUUAAAUAGCAUAUUUCCAUGAAGUUGGUUUUAUUUAACAUAUACUGUGGCAAAUGUAAAUAUAGACGAAUUAAGUGAAAAUGGUUUUGAUUUGUUAAUAUUUAGUCCAAGAUUAUAGAAUCUACAGUUUUUAUUAUACCUAGAAAAUUUUAACAUAAAACUAUCUAUACUCAGUACAUACAAUACAAUAAUGGUUGAUGUUUUGAUGAAGUUUCUUCUGUCAGUCCAGUUGUGACCAUGACUUGCUAAUUCACUAAAACAUUAGCCACUACAAUACUUUCAAUAUCCAUGCAAACCAAUUAGUUAUUAUUUGAAGUAUGCUGUUAACUUUUAACCAAUUUCCAAAAAGUAGAUUAUAAUAUUCUCAGACUUUGUAAUAUUGUCAAGCUUUGUUUGCAACUGAAAUGUCAAAUAUAAAAAAUAAGAUAGUAAAAGAAAGAGCAUAUUUCAUUGCGGUAUCUAUAUGUUCUUUAAAAUUAUAGUGCCUAUCGAUAAAUUAUAUACAUUAGUUUGAGACAGAGAUUUAUCUAUAAUUAAUAUAGUUAUUUAUCACAGUUCCUUGUAAUCAACAAAUAUUAAAUGGUAACUGAAUAGAUAAUAUGCAUGAACCUGAAAUCUUAUAUGUUUUAACAAAAUAUGAAAGAGUUAAAUUUGGAAUCACGAUAGAUCAAUUAUAAGCAAAGUUUUUUUUGCUUGACUUGCAGGGGCACUGCCUUGCCCCCAGAUCAAAAUAAACAUUAUUAUGAUCUGGGGGCAAGUUUGGGGGCAACCCAUUAUUUAUGAAAAUGUUAUAGCAUACUUUAGCUUAGUGUGCUAAACCUUUUUAUGUAUAAUGGGUUAGACAUUUAUAUUCGAUCUCAGGCCGAUCAUAAACUUGAACAUGGUUAUUUUUAAAAAAUCUAUUUCACUUUAGUAGUUUAACUUCCUAAAAAAAAUAUGCAUAUUCCAUAGUCUAUGAUAGCGUGAUAUCAAAUUAACUUGUCAUUACUUCGCCUUGGCCUUUUAUAAUACAUUGUAUUCAUGUGCUUGGCGUGUUACCUUACAUUGUGGUAAAAUGGUUUUGUUGAAACAGUUGCUGAAUGAUGUGUUAACUAAACACUCCCGGACUUAUGACUAUGAAAUUAGUCCAAGACUGUAAAUUCAUUGGAAUUUGUUUUAAUAAAUAUUACUUAUACUUG